AGCCCUCAGAACAAGACUUCUAUCUGCCAGUCAAGAUACUCGGAUGGCGUUCAAAAUGGCAAGAGGGAAGGCCUAUCAAUCGCUCCUGGCGCUGUGCUUAUGCUACGCCGUUGUGGAGACCAUCUCCGCGCCAAUGGGCGUGCCUAACCGAGCGGACGGGUCUGUGUUGGUCGGCGACAUGCUCUACUCCGCGGCACAGUGGCAAAGUUUGCUCGCUAGGAACUUGAAGUCUAAAGAAGUGCUUUGGCCGAAAACGAACGGAGUUGUCAAACUUCCAUACAAGAUAGCAGAUCCGAAGAUAAACGCGACUCUGGUGAAGCUGGGCAUCAGCGCCUGGGAGUCUAAGACGUGCUUAGAGUUCCCCGAGUUGUCUGCGGCUGACACCACGGCUGAGUACCUCAAUUUGAUGAUAGAGGAGAGCUGCUGGUCCAGCGUGGGCUACACGCAAGGCGAGAUCACGGAUAUCAGCAUCGCAGGCUCUGCAUGUAAUCUCAGGGGAAUCAUCCACGAGCUUGGACACGCGAUGGGGCUGCUACACGAACAGUCCCGCAGUGACAGGGAUGACAACAUCAUCGUGGUUACAGCUAACAUUAGGCCUGGCGCAGAAGUUAAUUUUAAUAAGGAUAAUACCGUCAACUUCGGCCUCCCUUACGACUACUACUCCAUCAUGCAGUACCAAGAUACUGCUGGUUCCCAGGGCCCUGAGCGCGUGAUGCUCGCUAGAGACCCUCGGUUUCAAACAGUUAUGGGCGCCAUGGGCACAGGCAGUGAAAUUACAUUCAUGAACAUGAAGCUCGUGAACACCAUGUACGGCUGCAUAGAUGACUGGUUGGCGAAGUGCAAGCUGUCAUCUGAACCCUGCAUGAACGGCGGCUACACCAAGAAGAACUGCAAAUGUGCUUGUCCGUUGGGCACUCUAACGGCGAUGGCAGUGAAAUUACCUUCAUGA